AUUAAAACAUUACUGUUUAUAUUACAUUCUCCUUCGUUAAACAUUGUUUUUUUUGCUUUGGACAGGAUCUCGUUCACCUUCACGUGAACAACAGGACAGUAUGGCCACCACUGUUGCUGUCAGUCCCAGUGAAUACCUCCAGCCCUCCAACGCUUCCUCACAAGACGCCCAGCCCUCCCCUCUGGCCCUCUUGGCCGCCACCUGCAGUAAGAUCGGCCCUCCUGCUGCUCAGGCUCCCAUCGCCUCCCCUCCAGCUCAGCCGCAGCCUCGCCGGCUCCUCCCCAUAAAGCCGGCCCCCAUCGCCCCCGCUCCACCCAAGAACCUGGGUUUCCUCUCCGCCAAGGGCAAUGUGAUCCAGCUGCCCGCCGGCCUCGGCUCCACGGCCCCCGGCAGCCCCAUCGUGCUCACCAUCCAGCAGAGCCCGGCCCGCACCAACACCUCGGCCCCCGGCAACAUCCAGUACCAGAUGAUGCCGCAGAUCCAAGGUGCCCAGACCAUCCAGAUGAUGCCACAGGGAGGUCAGAUCCAACUCAUCCCCGGCACCAACCAGGCCAUCAUCACCACGCCCAUGAGCGUACCGGGCCCCAUGGCCGCCACGGCUCCGGUCACACCGCAGAAGACCGUCGCCAUCAAGCCCUCCCCAAAGUCGCGCAAGCCAAACAACUCUGCUGCAAACAUGGUGCAGCUGCCCGGCGGGAUCACGCUGCCGUUCAACGUGGCGACCGGAGAGGUGGGCGGGACUCAGUACAUCACGGAGACGGCGGUCGCCCCUCCCAAAGCAGGGAAGGGAGCGCGGGGGAGGAAGAAGAAAGUGGUUCUGGCUGCUUAUCCUCAGCCUCCUGCACAGGCGGCCUCUCCACCCCCGGAGCAGAUGGAGACCAUCCUGAUAGAAGCUGGAGACAACAUCAUUCAGGCCGGUAACAACCUCCUGAUCGUGCAGAGUCCCGGGCAGCCUGCUAUGGUGCAGCAGGUGCAGCUGGUCCAGUCCAAACCGGAGUCCCAGGUGGUCCAGAUCCCCCAGCAGGCCCUGAAGGUGGUGCAGGCCGCCUCCGCCACAUUACCGACCGUCCCACAGAGACAGUCGGUGCCCUCGAGCCUGCAGGUCACUCAGGCCGAGCCAACACCAACACAGAUCCUUUUCAAAACAGCAUCCGGUGAGUGGCAGUCUGUUCAGAUCCAGGACUCCGUCUCCACGACAACGACCCCCACCACUUCGGUCGCCACCGUCUCCACCUCGCCGCCGGCCGGCAUCAAGAGGACGCAGUUGGGGGGGCGGAAGGAACGGACUCUCGCCAAAAUCGCUCCCGCGGGGGGGAUGAUAUCGUUGAACACGCCGCAGCUCUCCUCGACGACGCAGGCGGUGCAGACGAUCAGCAUCAACGGCGUCCAAGUGCAGGGAGUUCCUGUCACCAUCACCAACGCGGGGGGUCAGCAGCACCUGACGGUGCAGACGAUGCAGGGCGGAGGGCUCCAGCUGGCAGCGACGCCGGGCCAGCAGGCCAUCCAGGUGGACCAGACCCUGACCCUGGAGCUGCAAGGCCAGCCGGGAGAAAAGAAGAGACGCAUGGCCUGCACCUGUCCCAACUGUAAAGACGCAGACAAGAGACCCGGGGAGGUGGGGAAGAGGAAGCACAUCUGUCACGUCCCCGGCUGCGAGAAGACGUUCAGGAAAACGUCGCUGCUCAGAGCUCACGUCCGGCUGCACACCGGCGAGAGGCCCUUCGUCUGCAACUGGGUUUUCUGUGGGAAACGUUUCACACGCAGCGACGAGCUGCAGCGGCACGCCAGAACGCACACAGGAGACAAACGCUUCGAGUGCAGCCAGUGUCAGAAACGCUUCAUGAGGAGCGACCACCUGACGAAGCAUUACAAGACUCACAUAAACACCAAGAACCUGUGAGCUGCCUGUAUGCCGAGCGUAUACGCCAUACGAACUCUCCUGAACUAAAGACUGUGUUAGAGGAAGGAGGAGCUAAAGGAAAAAGGCACCAAGGGAGUGUCUGAGACUUUUACCCCGUUAUGGGAAACGCUCCAAAAACAAGGUCCCUAGACCCCCCCCCUCACUCCUCUAGGACACUGUGUAGCCUGGUGUACAAAGACAUCCUUCCUGGUGGACUUCAAACUGAUCCAGCAAAAUUAUUAAUAAUAGUUUAUCUUUGUUUGUUUUUUUUGUUUGUUUUUCCUCUCUGGUCUGAGUGGAUUACAGAACCGACGGCGUGAGAUGUCGAGGCUUCAGACGCAGAUGCUUAACUCUGCUCGCUUAUUUAUGAACUUCUCUGAACGUACAGAAUUAAUUCAGACUGCAACACCGAGACCACAGGACUCCAGUCGCGGUUUCCCUCUCUUUUAUUUUGUGUUGCUUCCACCAAAUCCUGCUUCUUUUUUGUUUCUUGUGGAAUAUCCGGAGCUCCCAGAAAUUGGCUUUCAACACCAAAAAAGGAAAUGAAAUUCAAACAUAAUUGUUUUAUCAUUUGAACAGAAAUGUGUUUUACCUCAGUGGUUUGGUAAUAUUGUUUAAGGUAUAUGUGUUUUAGCAGGAUUUAUUACCUGUAUACCCCCC